AUUAAACUCAAAAAGAUUUACAAUCAAACAAACAAAUAAAUAUUACUAACAACUUUGAAAAUAGUUAUUAUUUUAAAUAGCCUUGAUAGAUAGAUAGACAGAUAUAUUAGGAAAAAUAUUUUAAAGAAAAUGUCAAGUGAUUAAGAUUUUUUAUAACAAAAUGCCAAUAAGUUUUUGUCAGAAGUCAACAAUUUUCAUCUCGCAGAUAAUGAUCCAGCGAAUAAAUAAGUUUUAAAAGCUGCUCUUUUUGAAAAAUUAAAAGAAUAUGAUAAUGAAUUUUACAAGAGAUUUAACAAGGUCCCUUUAUCUGAACUUGCAAAUCAAUUCACACAGCAAUAAAAUUACAGAGAUCUACCAGAUUAAUCAACUAUUUAAUAAAAUUUAAUGAAGAAUACUUUUGUGAGUGAUGCAGGAUAUUUAACUCGUUAUUAAAGAUUGCAUAAAACAACUACUCAAAACCCAGUUACUUAACCUUUAAAUGUCGUUGAAUAGCCAAUAGUAUAAAGAAACUUCGAAAAUGAAUUCAUAAAUACAAAAUUUAAUUUUAAAGAUACAAAUCUAAAUUAAAAAUCAUACCUUUCUAACCCUAAUUUAAAGAUCGAACAAAAUAAUUUUAUGGGAAACUUAGAACUAAAUGAACUGGACUCAAAUAAAUAUUAAUAAGAUUUAUUAGCUUUGAUGAAGUAACCUUAAAUAGUAGAAAUAUAAGAUUAAGUAACUAUUCAAAACCACAAGUCUAAAAUAGAAUAACUAGGUGGAAUAGAAGAUACAGUUGCAGUGAUGGAAAGGUCAUUAAAUGAGUUACAGAAUUAAACACAGCAAACAAGAUCUCAUAUAAAUAACUAAGCAUCAAUUAGAUAGCCUAAUUACUAGUAAGCUGAUGGUUAAAGUGAUUAUUUCUUAAAGGAAUACACCUAAAGAUAAGGAAAUGUUAAUUAAGUAAUUGAAAAGAGUAAGCUGCUCAGGGAAUAAAUGCUUAGAAAAAUUUAAUAAAUUUGA